AUGGAAGAAGGUGGCAUCUUCGUUGUCUCAGAUCCAGAGCCUUGCGGUGGUGUUGGAGUUGCAGGUCAAAAAACAAAGAGAGGAAAAGUGGUGAAGGGGGAUUCUGCUUCUGUGGGAGUGGGAGCUUCCCAGAAGAAAUUGCUGGCUGACAUAACCAACAUGCACCAACAGCAGCAGCGCCUACAACCCUUUAACCAACAAGCAAAGCAGCACUCUGCACCACUUGCUACAGCUGACCAGCUUCUCAACGAAAAUGCAAUGUUGAUGAAGCUUCUAGCUAACAGAAAUGCGAUAAUAGAAUCAUGUAAAGCAGAGCUACAAAAGUCUCAAAGAGAUUUUCAAAAACUGCGGAAGCAAAAUUCAGAACUUGCCCAGACAAAUACUCAAAUGCUGGUGGAGCUUAAUUCAAGUAGACAGAGGCUAAGGGAACUUCAGCAUGAACUUGGAAGCAAAAAUGGUAUACUCAGAGCUAUGAAAUUAGAAGUGAUGGCAAAAGAGAACACUGAAAAAUUGAAGCAUGAAAUUGAUGCAGAUGAGGUUGGAGCAUCUCAGAAUAUGCAGUCAGAUCAAACGUUUCAACAUAACAGGGAGGGUGCCAAAAGGAAGAGAGUGUCCAAAUCUCAACCUCCUGCACCUGCUGUCAUUAAACAAGUUAAAUCCACAGAAAAAGUUGAAAACCAGAGGUGUUGUUUGAGAAGACAAUCUGCAAGGUUCAAAGCUGAAAAACCAGGACCAAGAGAAGACUUCUUUGAGGCAGAUCAAAUCAAAUAUGAUGUUUCGCAUCUAGAAGAAAAUUUGGCAAAUGAAAAUGGACCAACAUCAUUAGGAUCCAAAGUUCAUGAAAAAGCCAGGGAAAAUGCUGAAUCUUCAGGACCUACUAAUACUGAGCAAGCUCAUGCCAAGAAGAAUGUUGAAAAGAAAAGGCAUAGUUUGAGAAGGCAAUCGGCCAGUUUCAGGCCUGAGAGUCCAGAACCAACUGAAGACUUAUUUGAGGUAGAUGAUGCAAAAUUUGCUAUCUCCCAUUUAGGUGAUAAUAUGUCAGAAAAAAGUCGUCCAACAACAUCAAGUGUAACUUCAGGACAAGAAAACAAUUCUUCUACGGUUGAUCCUCAGGAAAUUCGAAGAUCAUCUGUUGGGCGGCCAUUGCGUCGAACAGUUGAGAAGGUUGUGUCCUACAAGGAAGUUCCACUUAACGUGAAGAUGCGGAGAGAUAAUUGA